AUGUGCGAGCACGGUGCUGAGGAGCACCUGGGCGACCCCGAGGUGGAACCCUCCUCCUCCGCCCCCCCGCAGCUCGGGCCCUGGUCGUGGCGCGGCUGCCGCACGGUGCCCCUCGACGCCCUCCGGACGCGCUGCCUCUGUGACCGGCUCUCCACCUUCGCCAUCUUAGCCCAGCUCAGCGCCGACGCGAACAUGGAGAAGGCGACUCUGCCGUCCGUGACGCUCAUCGUGGGCUGUGGCGUGUCCUCUCUCACCCUGCUCAUGCUGGUCAUCAUCUACGUGUCCGUGUGGAGAUACAUCCGCUCGGAGCGUUCUGUCAUCCUCAUCAACUUCUGCCUGUCCAUCAUCUCCUCCAAUGCCCUCAUCCUCAUCGGGCAGACCCAGACCCGCAACAAGGUGGUGUGCACGCUGGUGGCUGCCUUCCUGCACUUCUUCUUCCUGUCCUCCUUCUGCUGGGUGCUCACCGAGGCCUGGCAGUCCUACAUGGCCGUGACGGGCCACCUCCGGAACCGCCUCAUCCGCAAGCGCUUCCUCUGCCUGGGCUGGGGGCUCCCUGCACUGGUUGUGGCCAUUUCCGUGGGAUUCACCAAGGCCAAAGGGUACAGCACCAUGAACUACUGCUGGCUCUCCCUGGAGGGAGGACUACUCUAUGCCUUCGUGGGACCGGCCGCUGCCGUUGUGCUGGUGAACAUGGUCAUUGGGAUCCUGGUGUUCAACAAGCUCGUGUCCAAAGACGGCAUCACGGACAAGAAGCUGAAGGAGCGGGCAGGUCAGCCGCCCCCGCACCCCCUCGGGUGCACCCUCAAGUGUGCCGAGUGUGGAGUCCUCUCUGCCGCCGAUGCCACCUCCGACGCCACCAGUAACGCCAUGGCCUCCCUGUGGAGCUCCUGCGUGGUGCUGCCGCUGCUGGCGCUGACCUGGAUGUCGGCCGUGCUCGCCGUCACCGACCGCCGCUCCGCCCUCUUCCAGAUCCUCUUCGCCGUCUUCGACUCGCUGGAGGGCUUCGUCAUCGUCAUGGUGCACUGUAUCCUCCGUAGAGAGGUCCAGGACGCUGUGAAAUGCCGUGUGGUUGACCGGCAGGAGGAGGGCAACGGGGACUCGGGAGGCUCCUUCCAGAACGGCCACGCGCAGCUCAUGACCGACUUCGAGAAGGACGUGGAUCUGGCCUGUAGAUCAGUGCUGAACAAGGACAUCGCAGCCUGCCGUACAGCCACCAUCACGGGCACGCUAAAGCGGCCGUCUCUGCCCGAGGAGGAGAAGCUGAAGCUGGCCCAUGCCAAGGGGCCGCCCACCAAUUUCAACAGCCUGCCGGCCAACGUGUCCAAGCUGCACCUGCACGGCUCACCCCGCUAUCCCGGCGGGCCCCUGCCCGACUUCCCCAACCACUCACUAACCCUCAAGAGGGACAAGGCACCCAAGUCCUCCUUCGUCGGUGACGGGGACAUCUUCAAGAAGCUGGACUCGGAGCUGAGCCGGGCCCAGGAGAAGGCUCUGGACACGAGCUACGUGAUCCUACCCACGGCCACGGCCACACUGCGGCCCAAGCCCAAGGAGGAGCCCAAGUACAGCAUCCACAUCGACCAGAUGCCACAGACCCGCCUCAUCCACCUGAGCACGGCACCCGACGCCAGCCUCCCUGCCCGCAGCCCGCCCUCCCGCCAGCCCCCCAGUGGCGGGCCCCCUGAGGCACCCCCCGCCCAGCCCCCACCGCCCCCACCCCCACCUCCCCCACCUCCCCAGCAGCCCCUGCCCCCACCGCCCAGUCUGGAGCCGGCACCCCCCAGCCUGGGGGAGCCCGGGGAGCCUGCGGCCCAUCCGGGACCCAGCACGGGGCCCAGCACCAAGAACGAGAAUGUCGCCACCUUGUCUGUGAGCUCCCUGGAGCGGCGGAAGUCGCGGUAUGCAGAACUGGACUUUGAGAAGAUCAUGCACACCCGGAAGCGGCACCAAGACAUGUUCCAGGACCUGAACCGGAAGCUGCAGCACGCGGUGGAAAAGGACAAGGAGGUGCUGGGCCCGGACAGCAAGCCAGAAAAGCAGCAGACGCCCAACAAGAGGCCCUGGGAGAGCCUCCGGAAAGCCCACGGGACGCCCACGUGGGUGAAGAAGGAGCUGGAGCCGCUGCAGCCGUCGCCGCUGGAGCUUCGCAGCGUGGAGUGGGAGAGGUCGGGCGCCACGAUCCCGCUGGUGGGCCAGGACAUCAUCGACCUCCAGACCGAGGUCUGAGCGGGUGGGCGGCGGCCACGCACUGGGCCAUGGAGGAGGGAUGCUGCUCCGCCCGCUCCUGCCGCAGACGGGCACAGACACGCUCGCGGGCGGCGGGCCAGGCCCGCGCCCCGGCCUCAGGGCGCUCAGACGGCGGCCAGGCACAGGGCCCGCAGUGCUGGGACCAGAGCCAGAUGCAGGACAGGAGGCGGCCCGGCCAGCGGGCACAAGGCACCAGAGGCUGAAGGUGCCUCAGACUCUGCCCUCCUCGGGCCGAGGCCCGGCGGGCAGAUGGGCAGACGGCUGUGGACCGUGGACAGGCCCAGUGCGGCCAGCGUCCUAGGGUGCCCACCUGAGCUCCUGCUGCGGAGGACCAGCCUGCUUGGCCCGGCCGGCCUGGCACCGUUUUUUAAACCCCCCCAUCCCUUGGGAAGCAGCCAGCCCCCCACACCUUCCAGGGCCCUGGGCCCCUCCUAGACCCAGGUGGAGAGCACAGCCCUCCGACCCUCACGGCCCCCAGGGGCAGGACUGAGCCCCCUCCAGGAAGAAGCAGGGGGGAAUCUAUUUUUUCUCUCCUUUUCUUUUCUUCAAUAAAAAGAAUUAAAAACCCAU